CUGUCCUUCAUUUCUCCCCUCCAGUCUCUAUGCAGGGCUCAGAACCAUGGUGGGCAGCUGUCUGGUCUGCGAGGAGGCAAGGCCAUGUUGGAGAGGAAACAGUUGUGCCAGUGGCCGUGUAAGUGCAAGGCCAAGCCCCAGUGUGCCCCGGGAGUCAGCUCAGUGCUGGACGGCUGUGGCUGCUGUAAGAGCUGCGCCCGGCAGAUAGGAGAGGCUUGCAACGAGAGGGACAUCUGCGACCCCCACAAGGGCAUGUACUGCGACUUCUCUAAUGACCAGCCGCGAUAUGAGGUCGGAGUCUGCGCUUACUUGAUGGCAGUUGGUUGUGACCUGAAUGGGGCCCACUAUGAGAACGGCGAGGCCUUCCAGCCCAGCCCGCUGUAUAAAUGCACGUGCAUCGCGGGAGCCAUCGGCUGCACCCCGGCCUUCAUCCAGAAGCCCGCUGCUCUCCUGGGUCCUGCCCCUCUGAGGAGCAACGCACCCCUGCCAGCUGGUCUCCAGAGCGCCCCUGGUCCCUCCAGAAAACACCAGCAGGACACAACAAACAUGGCCGCCAUGCCAGCUUACAGGGAUCCUCCUUUAGCCUGGAAGAAGAAUUGCCUGAUCCAGACCACUCCGUGGAGCCCCUGCUCCAAGACCUGCGGCCUGGGUAUCUCAGUCCGGGUCAACAAUGACAACAGCAAGUGUGAGAUGAGGAAGGACCGCCGCCUCUGCCUGCUGCGGCCGUGUGAGAAGAGCAUCAUGAAGUCCGUCCAGAUGCUGAGAGGAAAGACAUGUAAGCCCAAGUUCCAGGCUAAGAAAGCAGAGAAGCUGACCCUGUCUGGGUGCACUAGCACCAAGAGUUUCAAACCCACUUACUGUGGCAUCUGCACUGACAAGCGCUGUUGCGUCCCCAACAAAUCCAAAAUGGUGACCGUCAACUUCAAGUGCAAGGGCGGCUCCAACGUGCGCUGGAAAAUGCAGUGGAUAACGUCCUGCGUGUGCCAGAGGAAGUGUAAUGACCCUGGGGACAUGUUCGCAGAGCUACGCUUCCUCUAG